AUGGCUUCUUCCUUGGAUAUGUCACUUGAUGAUAGAAUAAAGAACAGGAGUAACAGAGGAGGUAGAGGUAGAGGAGGACGUGGCAGAGCCCAGUCUGGCCGUGGACCAAGUGGCGCUCUUAAUGGUGGAAGAAUGGCUGGUGCUCUUAAUAGUAGAAGAAUGGCUGGCGCUGGUAAUGGUGGAAGAACAUCUGGUGCUCUUCGAAGAGGUCCUCUUAUGGUUAACACCCGGCCAUCAUCAUAUGCUAUUGCCAAGGCAAGCUCAAAAAUCUCUAUUCGCAGAACUAGGCCCUUUCCAUGGCAGCAUGAUUUGUUUGAAGAUAGCCUAAGAGCUGCAGGGAUUCAAGGAGUAGAAGUUGGCACCAAGUUGUAUGUUUCCAACUUGGACCAUGGAGUGACCAAUGAAGACAUAAGGGAACUUUUCUCUGAGCUUGGAGAGUUGAAGCGCUAUGCUGUUCAUUAUGACAAAAAUGGACAUCCAAGUGGUUCGGCUGAAGUUGUUUAUACUAGAAGAAGUGAUGCAUUUGCUGCUCUUAAACGAUAUAAUAAUGUGCUUUUGGAUGGAAAGCCCAUGAAGAUUGAGAUUGUUGGUUCCAAUGCAGAAUUGCCUAUGAGUGCUCGGGUCAAUGUCACUGGGGUGAAUGGACGUAGGAAGAGGACUGUUGUAAUGACGCCUAGAGGUGGACAAGCUGUAGGUCCUGCUAUACCUAAUCGUGGUACUGGUUGGGGGCGUCGUGGUGGCACCAGGAGUGGUGGCCCAAGGAGUGACAAUGGACGUGGACGUGGUGGAGGUCGUCGAGGCAGUGGUCGAGGUGGAGGCCGAGGCCGUGGUAGAAAGGACACUGUUGAGAAGUCCGCAGAGGAACUUGACAAAGAACUGGAGACCUAUCAUGCCGAGGCCAUGAACAUCUCUUAG